AUGCCACCGAGACAAGACCCGUCGUCUAACGAAGGCGACAAUCAGAACAAGUCUGGUCGAAGCAGUCAGCCAUUGGUCAUCGUCUCGGAACGAGGCCGACACAGUGAAGCCUCACGCCGCAUUGUACGGGCACAGGCUGCGCGUGCGAGCGCUGCUCAGAGCCGAGAGACAAGAGCACGGAACCGCGAGGACAGGCAUCAGAGAGACGGUCCUCAGACGCCCACCGACAGCAAUCCUAACCAGUCCAUACAGCCACAGCCGCAACAGUUCCAGCCCAGCCAGCCCAAUGUUCAGGUCCACGAUCCACAGAGCCAAAGUCGUGCUCAAUUCCAGAACCAAUCCUUUUCUCGCACGCAAUCCCAAUCGCAAUCGCAAUCCCAGUCGCAGUCGCAGCCGCAGGAACAGCCCAGCACCGAGGAAGCAAAUCCGCUCAAGCCUCUGGUCGCUUGGAUGACCAACGUUCUGAAGCUUUCCGCGACGUCCUUCGCCGCAGGCGCUGCUAUCCUUGCCAGCACUGGGAGACCGCAGCUGUCGAACGCGAGCGAUGUUCUUUCGGCCGCCGGUGGCAUGUUGGCGGACAGCGGCAACGCCAUGGAGUCGGUGCAGAUUUCGGGUGGCUUGUUCAACCGCCAACUUCCAAUCGCAUUGCCUCGGGGCUUUGCAAUGCUCCAGCAGCGUAUAUCUCUAUCCGAUUCGUACCUGGUCCUGAUCAGUCGCACGGCAUGCUUCGACUUUGGCAGCCCUGGCGUCGAGAAUCGCCUAAACGAACUGCUCUUCGAUAUCGUUAUGACUUCAGCUACCGCAACUCUUUCUGGCUCGCAGUUGCCUGGUCAUCCAAUCCAGAGCCAUCUACGCAUUGCGUGCACGUGCUUGACCAUCUUCCAGGGGCAACGAGCGGACGGUCAAUCGUUUGCAGGUGACCGAAAGUACAACACCGGUCUGGAGGCCGCUUGGGCAGAGGUCACAGGUCUGGAUCAGAAUGCUCUUAGAGAGCCCAAGUCGGCGGAGGCAGCUUUGUGGGCUGUGUUCAUCAUCAGUGUCACCUGCGGCUCGACUGUCAAAUUCUUCAAUCAACUGCUCUGGGGAUUACUGCAAGAUUUGCAACUUCGAUAUUGGGAGCAAGUGCGAAACGUCUUGAUCGACUUCAUAUAUCCCGGCAGCUUCUUGGAUGAGCCAUGCAAGCAGUUCUACGACAAAUUGCAGGGAACUCAGCCCGACCAGACCGAUCGGAUGAUCAUGACUUGA